CCUGGCAACGCCGGUUGUUGUGGUUCGGCUCCGCGCUGGGAGUUUGGGGUUGGCCCUAGGCCGCCUGCGGCGAACAAACUCCGACCUCCGACGCUGCAGGCUGCACCCACUGACACCCUCGGCGAGCUGUGUACCCUCCGUGGACGUGCAAGCUCUUGGCAGUCGUGAGGUGCCUGCAGACGUGUCAGGUGGAGGCGGACAGACAGAGCCGGGUCGCGGACUUUGCUUCUGCAGCUGCAGCCCCGGCCCCGGGUCGGGCCUGCAGCGCCCAACUCACCUGGGAACGCUAGGACGGGCAGCGUCGGUCUCUUCCCCAGCGCUCCCAGCGCGGGCCAUGAGGAACACGAGCAAGGAACUGCAGGGCGCCGCCUUGCACCGCUACGCUCCCUGCGAUUGGUACUACCACCACCCGGUGAAGCGCUCCGAGAAGGCCGUGGAUGCCCCGCCAGCCUCCCAGAUCCCCGGGCUCAGCCACUGGGGAGAAUCGCACGAGGGCAGCGCGCUUGGGACUCGCAGAUACUGGAUAAAAGAAACAGACUCCGAGUACGUGAAGCUCGCGAAACAAGGCGGCAGGCCCGAUUUGUUGAUGCACUUUGGUGCUGCGACCAGGAAAGGCUCCCCGGUUGCCUACUCCCUGCCGGAUUGGUAUAUCCACCACAGCAAGCCACCGACGGCCGACCAGCGGGAAGUGCCUGCCAUCUCCAUGCCAGAUUACAUGGUCUAUGAAGAAUUUAACCCUGAUCACGGCAAUGGUAGCUAUGAAUCCAGAAGAGGGCCCUUCGACUUUGAUGUGAAAACGGUUUGGCAAAGAGAGGCUGAUGAACUUGAAAAGGAGAAAAAAAAGGUGAGGCUACCAGCCAUCAACUCAAAGUAUCCGAGCAAAGUGGGGACCCCACUUGCCCCUAAAGACCCUACGGGAAGUAGGCUCUCCUUCCCUCCAAUGCCUGGCCAGAAAACCAAUUCACCAACGAACUUCUCCAAACUGAUUAGCAAUGGUUAUAAGGAUGAGUGGUUACAGCAGCAGCGAGCUGACUCAGACAAGAGAACCCCAAAGACAUCCAGGACAUCUACGUCAUCUCAGUCCACACAAGACCCUGAAGGGCUCCAGGAUGCAGAGAAAAUCCAAGAGGCAGCAGCUCCCGAAGGCUCUGAGAGCACUCAAGAGCCUUCUCCAAGCCCAGAAGCAUCUCCAUCCGCAUCAACGCCGGCAGAGCUCGAAUAAACCCUGAUGCAAUAUGUAUUUAGGAUAACUUUUUAGUGGAUAAAUAUGAUACGACUAUGUUACAACUAUAUUUGUAAGGCUCCUGUUAUGUUUUAUUAAUAUAUAUUCUUAUGGAAUAAUUUAUCUUGCAACAGAUUCAACAUUGCAGUAUAGACAGUGCAAGUGUUAAGUUUUAUUUCUUGCAUUUCUGUGAGAUGUUAAACAUGUGGUCAAUAAAUAUAAGCAAGGCCUCUGA